UUCAAGUGAUUCUCCUGCCCCAGCCUCCUGAGUAGCUGGGAUUACAGGCUCAUGCCACCAUACCCAGUUAAUUAUUUUGUUUAUUUUCUAUAGAUAUUUUCUUUGUGGUUACCAUGAAGCUUACAUAAAACAUCUUAUAGGUAUAACAGUCUAAGCUCAUUAGAAACAUAACUCUUAGGUUUGUGCAAAUGUAAUUGCAGUUUUGCAUUGUUGAAAUUUGCCAUUUGAUAUUGGAAUACAUUUUUAAGUAAAUGUGGUUAUAUGUCAUUUUAAUGUGCAUUUCUUGCUUUUCUUUUUUGUUAAUGAGUUAUUACUUGCUGUUUAUUUUGUAUUUAAUUUAGAUCAUGGAAAUGAUGUUAGACAAAAAGCAAAUUUGAGCAAUUUUCUUAUUCAAGUUCAAAAUGGUCCGUAAAGCAGCAGAGACAACACGCAACAUCAACAACGCAUUUGGCCCAGGAACUGCUAAGAAACGAACAAUGAAGUGGUGGUUCAAGAAGUUUUGCAAAGGACAUGACAGCCUUGAAGAUGAGAAGCAUAGUGGCUGGCCAUUGGAAGUUGCCAAUGACCAACAGAGAGCAAUCAUCGAAGCUGAUCCUCUUACAACUACACGAGAAGUUGCUGAAGAACUCAAUAUCGACCAUUCUAUGGUUGUUCAGCAUUUGAAGCAAAUUGGAAAGGUGAAAAAGCUCAAUAAGUGGGUGCCUCAUGAGCUGAACGAAAAUGAAAAAAAUUGUCAUAUUCAAGUGUAAUCUUCUCUUAUUCUAUGCAACAACAAGGCACCAUUUCUUGGUUGGAUUGUGAUGUGCGAUGAAAAGUGGAUUUUAUACAACCAGCAGUGACCAGCUCAGUGGCUGAAUCGAGAAGAAGCUCCAAAGCACUUCUUAAAGCCAAACUUGCACCAAAAAAAGGUUAUGGUCACUGGUUGCUGGUCUGCUGCUAGUCUGAUGCACUACAGGUUUCUGAACCCUGGCAAAACCAUUACCUCUAAGAAAUAUGCUCAGCAAAUCAAUGAGAUGCACCAAAAACUGUAAUGCUUGCAGCCAGCAUUGGUCAACAGAAAGGGCCCAAUUCUCCUCCAUAACAAUGCCCGACCACACAUUGCAUAGCCAACAUUUCAAAAGUUGAAAGAAUUAGGCUAUGAAAUUUUUCCCCAUCCACCAUGUUCACCUGACCUCUUGUCGACCAACUACCACUUCUUCAAGCAUCUAUACAACAUUUUGCAGGGAAAACAUUUCUACAACCAGCAGGAUGCAGAAAAUGGUUUCCAAGAGUUUGUCAAAUCCCAAAGCAUGGAAUUUUAUGCUACAGGAAUAAACAAAUUUAUUUCUCAUUGGCAAAAAUGUGUUGAUUGUAAUGGUUCCUAUUUUGAUUAGUAAAGAUGUGUUUGAUCCUAGUUAUAAUGAUUUAAAAUCCAUGGUCCAAAACCACAAUUACUUUUGCACCAACCUAAUAGAAUAGAAUACAAAAGAUCUACACUUUAGCAACCCCCUACACUUUAUGUUAUAAAUGAAACAAUUUACAUCUUUUUUAUGUAUAUCUGUUAAAAAAUUUUGUAUUUAUAAUUAUUCUUAAUAUUUUUGUCUUUUGCUUUUAUACUAAAAUUAAAAGCAAUUUACAUACCAACAUUAUAUUAUGAUAUUCUGUAUUUGUCUAUAUAUUUACCUUUACUGUAAGUUUUACAUUUUCUUAUGCUUCUGUGUUGCUAUUUAGCAUCCUUUCAUUUCAACUUGAAAAAUUCCCUUUUGUAUUUCUUAUAAGACAGUGAUAGUAGUGAGGAACUCUCAGGUUUUGUUUGCCUCAAAAAGUCUUUAUCUUUUUCUCAUUUUGGAAGGAUAGUUUUGCUUAAUAUGGUAUUCUGGUUGAUAGAUUUUUGUUUUUUCUUUUAGCAACUUGAAUAUAUCAUCUUUCUUCUGGCCUGCAAGGCUUCUGUUGGUAAAUCCACUACUAGUCUUGAGGGGGUUUCCAUUGUACAUGGCAAGUCACUUUUCUUUUGUUCCCUUCGUAAUUCUCCUUGUCUUUGAAUUUUGAUAAUUUGAUUCCUAUGUGUCUCUGUGUACACUUCUUUGAGUUCACUAUUUUUUGCAUUCUUUGGGCUUCAUGAAUCUGGUUGUCCAUUUACAUUUUCAGAUUUUAGAAGUUUGCAGGCAUUAUUUCUUUUGUUUGUUUGUUUUUGUUUGUUUUGUUUUGUUUUUAUUUCCCAGAUCUCUUACUAAAAUAUGUCAUUUUUUUUAAAUAAAUUUUGUUCUUCUUUCUGUCUCUCUUCUCCUUCUGGGUCCCCCAUAAUGCAUAUUGGUUCUUUUUAUAGUCUCUUAUAAGUCCCUUAGGCUUUCUUUACUCUUUUGCAUUUCAUUUUCUAUUUUUGAUUCUCUGACAGAUAAUUUUACAUGAUUUGUCUUUGGGUUUGCUAUUCUUUUAUUUCAGGAAGUCUGCAUUUGAAGCUAUUUAAUUUUUCAAUUCAGUUUCUGCAUUCUUUAGCUCUUGAAUUUCUGUUUGUUUUUCUAUUUAUGGUUUUUAUCUCCUUGUUAAUAUUCUCAUUUUGUUCAUGUGUUAGUUUCCUGAUUUUGUUUAGUUGUCUGUAUUCUUUUAUAACUUAAUGAGCUUAUUUAAAAUGAUUAUUUUUAAUUCUUUGUUAGGCUAUUCAUAGAUCUCCACUUCUUAAGAGAUGCUUACUGAAGAUUUAUUUUGUUCCUUUAGUCAUGGUACAUUUCCCUGAUUCAUCAUGAUCCUUGUAGCUUUGCCUUGGUGUCUGCACAUUAGAGUUAUCAUCCACCUUUCCCAGUGUUUAUAGACUAACUUAGAUGGGAUAAGAUUUUCAUCAACCAGAUUUUAUUGCUAGAGAUUCUGGGGGCCUCUUAAACUGUUUCCAUAGAUGUUCAUGUACUCUGCCUCUUCCUUCCUACUGUGGAAAACUCCUCAG